ACUAAUUAGUAUAGCCUGUGUGUUGGAUGGACCUGUGUUGACCCUAAUACAAUGGAGCUUGUCCUGCCUUUUAUAGUCCUCUGAAAGUAUCCGUUGCAUAUGUCUGAAUCUGAUCAUCAUAUCUCAACGGUUUCUGACAGAUAUAUGUGAAACUCAUACAGAUUUUCAGGUUUUGAAGGUUUCUGUCAGAGAAUAGAACUCUGCUUGACAGAAGAAAGCUAUCAAAUUUGUUAGCAUACAGAGCAGGAGAAGCAAAUAUGGGAAUCAAACAGUCAAGGCCUCAGAGCUAUCACCAUAAUACCCCAUAUCAAUAUCCCCCUCCCACUCCAUCAAUUCCUAGUUCUUCACCCUACCAUUCCUAUUCUGGAAGAUACGUUGACCCUGAGAGAAGUGGCCUGCAUCCCCCUCCCACUCCAUCAAUUCCUAGUUCUUCACCCUACCAUUCAUAUUCUGGAAGAUACGUUGACCCUGAGAGAAGUGGCCUGCAGGCAAGGUACUCAAGAAUUGGAGAUGAUUACAGCUCUCUAGAGCAGGUGACAGAAGCUCUGUACCAAGCUGGUUUGGAAUCUUCCAACCUUAUUGUGGGGAUUGAUUUUACCAAAAGCAAUGAGUGGACAGGUGCUCGUUCCUUCAAUCGAAAAAGCCUGCAUCAUGUGGGUGAUUCUUUGAACCCAUAUCAGCAGGCUAUAUCAAUUAUUGGAAGGACUCUUUCAGCUUUUGAUGAGGAUAAUCUCAUUCCUUGUUAUGGCUUUGGUGAUGCAACCACACAUGAUCAAGAGGUUUUCAGCUUUUUCCCAGAUGAUAGGCCUUGCAAUGGCUUUGAGGAAGUACUUUCUCGUUACAAAGAACUAGUCCCACAAAUUCGAUUAGCCGGACCAACUUCUUUUGCUCCCAUAAUAGAAACUGCUAUUGAAAUUGUGGACACCAGUGGUGGUCAGUACCAUGUUCUUGUGAUUAUUGCUGAUGGGCAGGUGACAAGAAGUGUAGACACACGCUAUGGCCAGUUAAGCCGUCAGGAACAAAAUACAAUUAACGCCAUUGUCAAAGCAAGCGAAUACCCCCUGUCAAUAGUUCUGGUUGGCGUUGGGGACGGGCCAUGGGAUGUGAUGCAGCAGUUCGAUGACAACAUUCCUUCCAGGGCUUUUGACAAUUUCCAGUUUGUGAAUUUUACAGAUAUUACGAGGAGAAACACUUCUAUAUCCAAGAAAGAAGCUGAUUUUGCUCUGGCAGCAUUAAUGGAGAUACCAUCACAGUACAAAGCAACAUUAGACCUCCAUCUCUUGGGAUGUAGAAGAGGAACUCCUGGGAGGACUCCUCUUCCUCCUCCUGUUAAAAUCCACCCAAUAGUAAACUCCUAUACUCCAUACCAGGGUUCAAGCAACUUUGAACAGAGCAUUGCAUAUCCUUUUGCUCCUUCUCCUGCUCCCACAGACAAUUCUUCGCAUAACAGGAACUGUCCUGUAUGUUUCUUUAGUACAAAAGAUCUUGCAUUUGGAUGUGGGCAUCAGGCUUGUUAUGAAUGUGGAAAGGAGUUGGUGAAUUGCCCUAUUUGUCGUACUCACAUUACUACUAGAAUAAGACUCUAUGACUGAUGCAUCAAGCUGUGCAUCCAGAUUUGGGGACUUGACAGAAUGAAGAAUGUUUGGGAUGAUGAGGGCUCCUGCACUGCCCUAAAGCUAUUUCAGAGCCUUUUAUUAUGCCUCUGUAAAUACUAGUAUUCCCCAAAUCUUCACAAACAAUGUGAUUCUGUAUGCUUUUGAUUUCUACUUUCAAAGUUUGAAUUGGGCACUUGGUGAUCGCUCGUCAUUUUUUUUUUUUGUUUGAAGGAGAUGGUUUGGCUCUUUUCUUAUGGUGACUUUAUUUUCCUUCUUUGAAAGGGGUUCAUCUGCACUAUGAAUGGUUUAAACGACUUUUUUUUCCUUCCUUGAAGGAGUUCAUCUGCACUAUGAAUGGUUUAAACUCCAUGGAAAUGUGACAUAUUACGCUUUCUCAUCGAUGCAUUCUGGGGAACUAUGGGAUUUACAGUUUUGGGUUGGAUAGAAUCUAAGGAUCUUCAUUUGGGAAAAGUAACUCUUUGCAUUUGUGAUGACCCUGUCAAGGAAAAAAGGAGGUUGUUGUCACCCUGCCAAACACAGCAAUUUUGCAACAAGUAAUGAUACAUGAUCAUUUUCAAGAAAUUCAGUCAUGUUUUCAUCGUAGUCCAAGAAGUGUAACAAUUUUUCCAUUCCAUCAGUAAUGCCUGUACAGAGAGACUCCCAUUCCAUGGAACUCCUCAUCAGGCAGAAAUCUAAAACAUCCCUCUACACAGACUGCAUUUGCUGACCUUCUUUCUUUGUUUGAAACUCUAAUCUAUCUAUCUUGUUAGUAUUUUGAUCAUUCGGGUUUGGGUUUAACGCUCUAAUCUUUGCGCAGGGAAAGCUUACCAAGGUCUUAACUGAACAGAAAUUUCCUUGUGGAUGAUUACAGUAGAUGAGCUCUCAUUUCUUUGGAGGUCAACUUUACCACUAAGCGGUAUGCGUUUGCGAUCAAGAUCAUUUGAAAAGAAAUCUACUUACACCAUUUUUUGUUAUUAAGGCCUUUCAUACCUCAACUCAUCCACUUCAUUUUCAAAGCACUUUACAACUAUUUUGGUUUGGACUGAAAACUACGAAGAUAACUGGUUAAUGGGAUAAAAGGAAUCAACUAAAGUGGAUUCAAUGCAUGUAGUUCAAGUUGAACGCUACGGACAAACAUGUUUGGCUUACACGAAAAAGAGAACUGCCUAAUCUCUCUCAGUAACUUCCAACUUGUUGCUUCCACCAUCUUUCACAGGUUAAUAUCCAAUAAGGUACUUUGAAUGGCUGUAGAAGUAAUGGAAAAGACAACUUCAUAAAGCUAAGAUAGUGUGAAACUUAGAAAAACUGUGCGAAAAUUGGGUCUUCUGGUCAAAAAAUGCGGACAUUGGAGACGCUCGUGGUAGUUGAAGAUAGACAUCAAAUGAGUGGACGACCAAGAAAUUGCAAGACCCAUCACUCUUUGAUUGAAUAUUGUUGAAGGAGAUGAUAAGGCACAUACUGGUAUAUAUAGGAUACAAGAGAGCACAUAGCUUGACAUUCUUCAAUUUGAGACUCAGGAAACAGUUAUGAGGAAAGAAAUCUUGGUGACUGCUCUGGCAUGGCUCCUAGUGGUGGCAUUCAUUGUCACCUAUGCAACUGCAACUGAUCAUUUCCAGGCUGUUGAUCAUAUGGUUCAUCCCCAAGCUGGGUGUCGAUGCUGCUGGUUCAUUUGGAAGCCUCGCAUCAGUUGUGGGAAAGCCUGCUGUGGGGAUGGAUGUUGCAGUCUGAAGUGAUGCAUCAGGAACUCCAACAAUAACUAUGAUAAUAGGAAGCUGCAAUGUCUUCCCCAGAAGCAAAAUAAACCUAGUUAUAUCCUAAAAAUGACCUGGAAAUAAGGAGCUUCUGUAUGAAUUUUUCCUAAACGGGAUGUCUUUUGAUAUUCAGAUUACAUAAACUCUAGCAUAUACAUCA